AUGGCAGAAGCUUCUGUUUUCGAACAGGCACAGGCUGCUGUAGAAUACCUCAGACCUCAGUUACCAGAGGCUUUCCAAAAGCCUCGGGUUGCUAUUAUUUGUGGCUCUGGCCUGGGUGGACUUGCUGAUACCAUAGAUCCAGAGACGAAGUGCGAAUUUGAUUAUGGCUCCAUCCCGAAUUUUCCCAGGUCUACAGUUCCCGGACAUUUGGGAAAGCUGGUCUUUGGAUAUCUAGGGUCUAAGAUCCCAGCCGUGUUGAUGGUUGGAAGAGCCCAUUUUUACGAGGGGCAUUCAAUGCAGAAGGUGACGCUGCCAGUGCGUAUAUUCAAGCUCCUUGGAGUUGAGACAGUAGUUGUAACAAAUGCAUGCGGAGGGUUGAAUCCCGACUAUGUUGUAGGAGACGUGGUCAUACUCAACGACCAUUUAUUCCUUGCUGGCAUUUCAGGAGCUCACCCCCUGCGUGGGCCAAAUGCCGAAGAGUUCGGGACUCGCUUUCCGCCACUGUCCGAUGCAUACGAUUUAAAACUGCGCCGGACAGCACACCGAGCUUGGAAAAAAGUUGUGCCUGCGGAAUCAAAGCGACGCAUCCAUGAAGGAGUAUAUGCGUACUGUUCUGGCCCAAGGUGA